UUUACGUACGGUUGUAUCUUCAUACAUACACGAAUAAUCAUGUUCCAGCUACUGCAAUUUUUCGUCCUUUUUCAGAUAUUCUGUUUUGCGUACGGCGGCCAACUUCCAGUGAAUUGUACUGAAUACCCGCAAGCUACGAUGUGUUUAACCGACGUUUCUCAUGAACCAAUAAUUCCAACUGAAGAUGACGUGCAGAACAUCCUUUACCUGCACAAUCAAUACCGAGAGCAAGUAGAACCGCUGGCGAAAAAGAUGAUUGAAAUGGUUUGGAGUGAGAGUAUGGCGGAAUUAGCUUUGAAGUGGGCCAUGCAAUGUAGGUUCGACCACGACACUAACACGGCAAGAAUAAUUAGAGGGUAUGCUGGAGUUGGACAGAAUGUGCUGGGUGCAACCUUUAAAGCUUCAUGGAACAAGACAGUCACAAGUUGGCAUAGUGAGAUUAAGGAUUACACAUUUGGAGUAAACACGCAGGCAAUGGUUGGACAUUAUACUCAGGAAAUAUACUGGGAUGCAAAACUCAUCGGUUGUGGAGGAGCAUAUUGUCCUAAUACUAGCUUGCCAUAUAUUUUUGUCUGCGAUUACUUCGCUGGGCAAAAAAAUACGCAGUUUCCAUAUCAGCUUGCUAGUGCUUCGCAUAAACUAACAAACUGCCGAAGGCCAGAAAAUAGUACUCUUUGCGAUUGCAAUGGCAAAGCUUGUCAGUUCGGUGGCGCACUCAAUAUAAAUACUUGCAAAUGUAAUUGCUUCCAAGUAGCCAAAGGAGCACAGUGUGAGAAUCAGACGUGCGACAAAGCUGAUGCUACUUUCUGCGAGUAUUACCCGACAACAUUUUGCCAGAUUGUCUAUAACUACGGAUUCUCAAAAUAUUGCCCUCACAGGUGUGGAAUGUGCCCCAUAUGAUUUGCAUAUUGUAUUUGAUGGGACAAUUAAACGCCCGGAUAUUUUUCAUUUUAUCUCUAAAUAUAUUAAUGACAAUAAUUAAAAUAACUCCUGGAAAAGUCUAUCAGUUUAUUUUAUAGUACCGUGUAUCUUUAUAAUAAUAUGGUUUAUACGAGGGGUUUAUGAAAAGUUUUGAGCCUUCAAGGCUUUUAAGCCUUCAAAUCUGGUACCUUCAUCAGAAGUCUGUACCAUGCUUUGUCUUUUUGAGACUCAAGACUUUUCACACACCCCUCUUAAAGUAUUGAUUACAUAUCAAUACGUAAACUAUCUGUAAUGAAAUAAAUAUAUUAACUAAAACACUA